CCAGGUUCUGAAUCCUGUGCCCAGGGAACCCAACGCGAGCAGGAGAAGGACGAGCGGCUUGCCUUGGAAACUCUCCAUCCCAGGAAGAUGCAGAGCCUCAGGCCGGAGCAGAUUCGGGGGCUGCUGGAGCCCGAGAGGGCCAAGACGCUGCUUCCCCGGGAGAGCAGGGCCUGGGAGAAGCGUGCCGCCCUCGCCAAAGACUGGGUGGCUGUGGAGGUUGGGGCCACCAGUUGUGACGGUGACGAGAAAGGUCUGUCUUCUCAAGAGCCUGGGCUGGCCCAGGAGUGGAACGCGGUGGAGGGAGAUGACGAGUCAGAAGACUCUCAGGAUUUUUUUUUCAUGUCGCCACUGCCUGGCUUUCCAGAUAACUCCCUAUGUCAUAUCCAUUCCCCAAACUUUCCUGAUAUUUUAAGACCUGUUGCACUCUACUCAUCACUAUUUUGGAGAAGAAUUGUCACCAUUAACCGUUUUGUCUUCCCAUCCUUCAUCAUGGGCUUUGUGGAGUGGUCGAAAGCUCCACAACAAACGACCAUAGUCUUGGUAGUGUGUGUCCUGUUUUUGUUCCUGGUUUUAACAGGGAUGCCUAUGAUGUUCCACAUUUAACUACAGUGAUGACGACUGUUCUGAAAUAGAUGCACUGUUUCUUGUUAAGGAAAUGUCUUGGUUAAAAAUCAGGAAUAGGUUAUUAGCAAAUGCCUUUUAAACAUCUAUCAAGAAAAAAUUUUUUUUUGUAUUUAACCUUUUGGGGUGAGGUUUUGCAUUAUGGUAUUUCGUUGAACUUAAGACAUUGUUGAUUGUAAAACACAUAUUAUUUUAUAUACGACUGAGAAAGGAAAAUAUGCUGCUUCAUCGUAAGAUGCCACCAACCGGAAGAUGCAUCCCUGCUUCAGAGAGGACGAAAAAAUGUGCAACUUGGGAUUGACGAAAUCUGGUAGACUUCUUAAUAUCACAUCAUCUUUGUAGUCUUAGGAUCAUGGUGCACCAGUCUUUCCAGACCCUGAAUUGUACUUCAUGAUAUUUUAUGUAUGACUCUCGCCUCUCUCUUCAUACGUAAGAUUGGUGCUAUAUUUGUCACAUUUUGGUAACAUGGCCAGACUUGCAUCAUAGAAGGACAUCACUUUUAUUGUUGUCUAAACCUUAGAAUAGUUUCUGUAGCUUAAGAAGUAUCACUUCCUUGACAUUUUGAAAGAAUUUACCAGUAAUCAGGGCCUGGAGCUCUGGGGAGAAAGUUUCAGCUAAAUUCUUGGGGGGCUUUCUCAGUUUCUUCCCAUGUUAUCGGUUUAUGAAUACUUUUUACUUCAUUAAUUUUGGUGAUUUAUAGCGUUUUUGUUUUUUUUUAAUGCCCUAGGAAAUUCUUCAUUCCAUUGAACUUUUCAGAUUAUUGGCUGAAUUAUGAAUACUAUUCUAUAAUUAAAUGAAAAACUUUAUUUUGUUCUAACCCCUUUCUUCCUUUCAACUUCUGUUUUUGGUUGACCCACUAUUAGAUUUAUCAAAGUUUUACCUCAUCUACAAUUACUUUUCCAAGAACUAGCAUUGGGAUUUAUUUAUAUCCGUAUUUCUCUAGUUUGUCAUUUGUUUUCCAUUAAUACGUAUGGGGUUUAUUUAUUUUUUUUAUUAUUUCUAUCUCUUGUCUGUUUUUACAUUGAAUAAUUAAUUCAUUUAUAAUCUCUUCUUACAAAAUUAUUUGCUAAACUAGUGUACUUAAUAAUAAAUGUACUUCUCUGAUUGUAGCCUUGGCCACAUCUUAAAGUUUGGUAAUUUGUGUUCUUGUUUAUGUUGUUGCCUAAAUGUUAUAUUGUAGUGUUUCUACAAUAUAAAGAGUACUUUAAACUCAGUGAUCAGGUUUAUUUAAAAAUAGUUUUGUUUUAAUGAUUUACUGCACUGUGAAAAUGUGGCCUCUAAUAUAUCUGCUUUCAACACCCUUUUAAAAGCUUUUAUUGUGGCCUACAACACGUCCAAUGUUUGUACAUGUUUUAUGGACAUUUAAGGUGAAUAUGUAUUUCCAGUCUGUAGGAUUCAAAACUCUACGUGUCUGUUAAUUAACUCAGUCUUAUCAGUUAUAUUGCUUAGAUUCAUGUGUUAUUUAAUUCUGGCUCACCUUAUCUGUCAAAAACCAGUAAGGUUAUGUGAAAAUCUGUUCGUAUGACUGUGUUUGUCAAUAUAUUUUUGUAACCUUUGCUUUAUGUAUUCAGCCACUGUGUCAUCUGCUGCACAUAGUUACAGCACUGUUAUGUCUUUGCCAAUUAAAGAAUACAUGCAAGACACUAAGCACAAUACCAGCAGACGGUAGCCACGCAAUAAAUGUUAGUUAAAACCUGA